AUGGAAGGCCGCUGGCGUACGGAGACUAAACCGUUUCAUGCUGUCAGACAAACGAAGGGGAUUCCUGUAGUGGAAGAUACCGCCAAAGCUUCUGACGAAUUACCUCUUCCUUUGUAUCUAACGAAUGCGGUGUUCUUCACACUCUUCUUCUCCGUGGUUUAUUUUCUUCUUUCCCGUUGGCGCGAAAAGAUCCGAGCUUCAAUUCCUCUCCACGUCGUCACUUUUUCAGAGAUCGUCGCGAUUUUUGCUUUAGUCGCCUCUUUGAUUUAUCUUUUGGGAUUCUUGGGGAUCGACUUUGUUCAGUCUUUGAUUCUUCGACCAUCUGGUGACGUUUGGAGUGCGGAGGACGAGGAAGAGGAAGAGGAAAAUGAAGUCUUGCUUUGUAAAGAAGAUGCCCUUAAAGUCCCUUACGGCCAAGCUCUUGAUUGCUCGUUUCCUUCACUGCCACCUCGGGUACCGGUUGCAACUACCCGGACACUGUUAGAUGAAAAACCUGUAAUUGUUACAACCGAUGAAGACGAAGAAAUAAUUAAAUCUGUGGUGUCUGGAACACUCCCUUCAUAUUCUUUAGAGUCUAAGUUAGGUGAUUGCAAGAGAGCAACUGCGAUCAGGCGUGAGGCGCUGCAGAGAUUAACGGGGAAGUCAUUAUCGGGUUUGCCAUUGGAUGGAUUUGAUUACGACUCGAUUUUAGGGCAGUGUUGUGAGAUGCCUGUUGGAUACGUGCAAAUUCCCGUGGGAAUUGCUGGGCCAUUGUUGCUUAAUGGAAGAGAGUUCUCAGUCCCUAUGGCAACCACGGAGGGAUGCUUGGUGGCUAGUACUAACAGGGGUUGUAAGGCUAUUCAUUUGUCUGGUGGAGCUACAAGUAUUCUAUUGAAAGAUGGCAUGACUAGAGCUCCUGUUGUAAGGUUCAGCACCGCAAAAUGGGCAGCUGAGCUGAAGUUGUAUUUGGAAGAUCCUCACAAUUUCGAUACUUUGGCAGUUGUUUUUAACAUAUCAAGUAGAUUCGGUAGGCUUCAAGGCAUUAAAUGUGCAAUUGCUGGGAAGAAUUUAUAUUUGAGAUUCACUUGCAGUACCGGUGAUGCUAUGGGGAUGAAUAUGGUUUCCAAGGGAGUUCAAAACGUUUUGGAUUUCCUUCAAACUGAUUUCCCUGACAUGGAUGUCAUCGGCAUUUCUGGAAAUUUCUGUUCCGACAAAAAACCAGCUGGUGUAAACUGGAUUGAAGGACGAGGCAAAUCUGUUGUAUGUGAGGCCAUCAUUAAGGGUGACGUGGUGAGGAAGGUCUUGAAGACUAGUGUGGAAUCUCUCGUGGAGCUCAACAUGCUUAAGAACCUUACUGGUUCUGCUAUGGCCGGAGCUCUGGGUGGAUUUAAUGCCCAUGCGAGUAACAUUGUGACUGCAAUCUACAUAGCUACUGGCCAAGAUCCGGCUCAAAAUGUCGAAAGCUCCCAUUGCAUCACUAUGAUGGAAGCUGUUAAUGAUGGAAAGGAUCUUCAUACCUCUGUCACAAUGCCUUCAAUUGAGGUUGGCACUGUUGGUGGUGGAACUCAGCUUGCAUCUCAGUCAGCCUGUUUGAACCUGCUUGGGGUCAAAGGUGCAAGCAAAGAGGUAGCUGGAGCAAACUCCAGGAUGCUUGCAACCAUUGUGGCCGGUGCUGUCCUAGCUGGUGAGGUGUCACUCAUGUCAGCCCUUGCAGCUGGUCAACUAGUUAACAGCCAUAUGAAGUACAAUAGAUCAAGUAAGGAUGUUUCCAAGCUCUCUUCCUAGAUGAAUAUUAUGAUU